AAACAGUACAUGAACUCACUGUGAAUACUCCAACAAGCUUCUCUAACUCUGAACGAGACAAGCUCCUUUUCUCCUUAAAAUUUGGUCCUUGACUUUUGAUCAUGGAGAAUAACUUUCCUCCACCAUACCCGGGUCCUGCUGACUUCAAAGCUGAAGCUGCUUAUCCUCCACUACCAGUUGCACAGGACGCCAUGUAUCCACCUCCUCCUAAGUACAGCGCCACAGAGGUUCAGCCCGGAGCUAUAAUAAUGCAGCCAGUAGGACCGGGGGUCCAGCCAACGCCAGUCAUUCAGACCCAGCCCACAGUAAUGGUUGUAAGCUCUGUAGUUGUUCAGCAACCUCUGACAGAUGUUCCUGCUCCAAUGAAGUGCACUUUCUGCCAACAAUCAAUUGUCACCGUGACCAAACCCACAAAUGGUCUUCUGGUCUGGUCUAUUUUUGGAGUUCUGUUAAUCUUCGGAAUUUGGCCAUGUUGUUUGAUUCCCUUCUGCGUGGAUUCCUGUAAAGAUGUCCAACACACGUGUCCCAACUGCAGGAACGUUUUGCACAUUUACAGACGCAUGUGAGCAAACUCAAACAACAAUAAGCCUGAGGAAUGUGGACCAACCGGUGAUGCCUGAACUCUGCUUAAAAAAAAAAAAAAAACACUUCACAUUCCUGACGAUCUUCACUUUUAUCACAUACACAGUGAGAAGAGGAAAUUGCUUGUAUAUAUUUUAAUGAAAAUUGCUGCUUUAAAAUUGAUUCUUUAACACUAACAUUGUGACUUUAGAAUUUAAAGGUUUUAUCUUAUAAAUAUAACAUACAGAUAAGCUUGGUUUUAUCAGCUAUCCAAUCAUUAUUCAGGAUAAACAUGAGAUAAACACAACUUAGCUAAUCCAUGUACAAUUGGCCAA